AUGCGACUCUCACCACACCCUCCAAUCCUAUCUGGUACGUCUGAUAGCUCGGGCACGGAGACGAUUCACCCUACCAUGCCCUUUCCUCUGCCCGGAAGUCCUGGCUCAUCAUGGGCUGCUUAUCGGGAGAGAUUCAAAGCGCUUUUUCAUGAUGCAGAUCCGCGGGUGUGCACCGCUUUCUGGUUCUUUGGCUUGAUCAACAACGUUCUCUACGUGAUCAUCCUCUCGGCAGCCCUCGAUCUUGUCGGUUCCGGUUUCCCCAAAGGAGUCGUCCUCCUAGCCGACGUUGUGCCAUCAUUCAUAACGAAAUUGACCGCGCCGUACUUUAUGCAUCUCGUUCCCUAUCCGAUACGCGUAUUGAUAUUCGCCGCUCUCUCCGUAUGUGGCAUGCUAAUAAUCGCUCUCACGCCCGCUCAUACCGAUGGCGGAUCGAUUUCUACAAAAUUAGCUGGCAUAGUACUCGCGAGUCUUUCAAGUGGUGCCGGUGAACUCAGUUUCCUGGGUCUGACACAUUUCUAUGGUAGAUUCAGUCUUGCAUCUUGGAGCAGUGGCACCGGUGCAGCUGGACUGGUUGGUGCGGGUGCUUAUGCUGUUGCCACGACUUCCCUGGGUUUAAGUGUGAAAUUUACUCUCCUAGCAUCGGCUUGUUUACCGGCGAUUAUGCUCGUGAGCUUUUUUGUCAUCUUGCCUCUGGGUCCGUUGCGUCUCGCAUCUUGUGAAGCAGUGCAGUAUCGUAGUAUAGUCAAUAGGCAUGAUACAGAGGUUGAGUCGCGACAUGAAGGUCGAGCUGAUGAGACAAAUGAGCAGGACAGCCUCUUGGGUUCUCCAGAACGUAACAGACCCUAUGUGAAGGCUGUUGAGAGUGGUAGAGUUUCGCGAGCGUGGGCAUCAUUUCAAGAGAACUUGAACCGCUCCAAAGGUCUAUUCUUUCCAUUCAUGCUCCCCCUUCUUCUAGUGUACGUCGCAGAAUAUACGAUCAACCAAGGAGUAACGCCCACACUCCUAUUCCCUCUGAAAGAAACACCAUUCGAACAAUACCGCGCAUUCUACCCAGCAUACAAUGCCAUCUACCAAGCUGGAGUCUUCAUCUCCCGCUCAUCCUCGCCAUUCUUUCGAAUCCACAACCUCUACUUCCCAUCCUUCCUACAGAUAGCGAAUCUCGCAAUCCUGACUCUGCACGCUCUAUUCAACUUCAUCCCGAAUGUAUAUCUCAUCUUCCUCAUCAUCUUCUGGGAGGGGUUAUUAGGUGGGUUGGUAUAUGUAAACACCUUUGCAGAAAUUGCCAAUCGAGUACCCGCCGCUGAUCGAGAAUUUUCUUUGGCGGCGACUACUGUGAGUGAUUCGGGUGGUAUUUGUAUUGCUGGAUUUCUGGGAAUGGCGUUUGAGGUGUGGUUAUGUCGUUGGCAGGUUUCUCAGGGGAGGAAAUACUGUACGAUGUCGUAG